GAUGGAGAUGGUGCGGGCCGCGCGGAGCUGCUGGCUGCUGCUGCUGCUGCUGCUCUUCGGGGCGCUGCCUGCGCAGGCCGACCGGCCAGAUUCUCCAGGCUGCAACCUUGAGUGGAGGAAGUGUUAUAUGUGGCUAGUUGCUGUUCACUAGCAAAGAUGCUGGAUAUACUGAACAGAGAGGCAGGUUUUCAGCCAUUAUCUCAGCUGUCUGCUUACGAAAUUAUUGUCCCCAAGAGGAUAACAAGAAAACACCGUGAUGUGCUGACAUCCAGCUAGCAGAGGAUGAACUAUCUUUUGAAGUUGAUGUUGAAGGAACAAAGUAUACACUUGAACUAGAAAAAAACAAAGCCCUUGUGCCCAAAGACUUCCCAGUUUAUACUUACAAUGCUGACGGCUUGCUGCAGUCUGAGAUUCUGGAUCUCAAGGAUCACUGCCACUAUCAGGGAUAUGUAAAAGGAGUAGCAGAUUCCUUGGUCGCUGUCAGCACUUGCUCUGGACUCAGGGGAUUAUUGCAAAUUGAGAGCAUCAGCUAUGGAAUUGAGCCUCUAGAUCCGCCCUCAGGCACCAAACACGUGAUCUACCGGUUGAAGAACGUGAAGGUAGAUGAGGAUCACAUGCGGUGCCAGCUUCCUGGAGAAAAGUGGGGAGGAAGAGAUCCUCAGCACCCCGCCAGCGAGACUCAGCGGCUGAGAAGAAAAAGAGGCAUCCUCCUACAGACAAGAUAUGUGGAGCUCUUUAUAGUCGUGGACAAAGAAAGGUAUCAGCUGAUGGGCCAGAAUAAAACUGCUGUUACAGAAGAGAUGGUGCAUUUGGUCAACUACCUGGAUAGUAUGUACAUAGCACUGAACAUCCGCAUCGUGUUGGUUGGCUUGGAGAUCUGGACUCAGGAAAACAAGAUCCGCCUAGAAGGAGGUGCAGGAGACGUUCUUGCCAACUUUGUGCAGUGGCGAGAGCAGGAGCUUGUCCCGCGCCAAAGACAUGACAGUGCACAGUUUGUUCUGAAGAAAGCAUUUGGUGGCACAGCAGGGAUGGCUUACGUGGGUACCGUCUGCUCCAAGAGCCACGCUGGAGGCAUUAAUGUGUUUGGGCCCAUCAGUGUGCAGAUGUUUUCAUCGAUCGUUGCUCAUGAACUUGGCCACAACCUAGGAAUGAACCAUGACGAUGAAAGGAAGUGUGACUGUGGUUCAGAAAACUGUAUCAUGAACUCUGGAGCAUCAGGGGCCAGGAACUUCAGCAGCUGUAGCGAGGAAGACUUUGAAAAGCUAACUCUGAGCAAGGGUGGGAGCUGCCUCCUCAAUAUCCCCAGGCCUGAGGAAACCUAUAGCAUCCCGUACUGUGGCAACAAGCUAGUAGAUGCUGGAGAGGAAUGUGAUUGUGGAACAUCAGAGAUAUGUAAGCACUACCAAUGUGUUGAUGUCUCUGUUUUGGGUUACAGCUGCAAUGCAGAGCAUCAGUGCAAUGGACGAGGGGUGUGCAAUAGCAAUAAGAACUGCCACUGUCACCCGGGGUGGGCCCCUCCCUACUGUGAUGCCAAAGGAUAUGGCGGCAGUCUGGACAGUGGACCUCCAUACAAUGAUGUGGAUAACACCACAAGAAAUUGGCUGCUGGCAUUCUUCUGCCUGAUUCUCCCUCUCCUGUUGCUUUUGCUCUUCACUUACCUUGCGAGGAAUCAGUUGGUGUCAUCCCUAAUGCCGUUGAUAGAGGCUUGUUGUGGGCGUUUCAGAAGAAGGUCAGACAAUAGGACGCAGGAGUCUGUACAUGCUUCCUACCCACCAAACAUUCCCUAUUCUACAAGGGACAUGUCGGCUCCUAUGAGCACACAAGCAAAUAGAUACCCUGUGCCAGCGUACACAGCUAAUCUGCAACCGUAUUGUGACACUUAUCACUACACUUCUCCCCUUCCCUCUCCGACAGCCAUGGGGCCAUCCAUGGAGCAGCACUGCAUCCCAAUGAGGCCUCCACCCCCUGUGCUGAAGACUGCAAAAACUCAGGAACCAAUUUACCCUUCUCGACCUGCACCACUGCCUCCUGUAUAAAACUGCCGAUUUUUCCUUCACAACCCACCCUGUUCGCAGAGCCAGAGCCUGUCUUGCAUAAAGUGGCCCUUGAAACCUUUUGUUUCCCCCCCAGCACUGGCUAAGAAAUGGAACAAAAUGCAAUACCAAGGAAUGUAAACUUAACAAGCAAAUACCUCUACCAAAGCUCCGGGAACUGAAACCCUGUGAAAACUCUCUGUGCUGCGGUUGGGCGACAUUGCUGGAGAAGUGGGUCGCUUUCUGGGUGUUAACUGUACUUUCCCCCUUUUUAGGGUUAUAUUUAAUCAUACAUGGUAUGUGGGGUUCCCCUCCCAGGCUGUUUUUAUAGAGAACAAAACAUUAAGUGAAGACAGACAUAACAUUAUUAGAGAUAGUAGAAAAUCAAUUAGGAUCAAUUAGGAAAUGUUACUGUUUUUAAUCUAAAUCGAUAUUUUUCAAAAAAGACUCAUAUAUUGAAGAAAGGCGGUUCUGCGUUUGCAACAGAGACCAGCUUAUGGUUAGCACUGAAUGGCGGAACUUAUGAUGGCCCCCAAAAGCCCACCUCCAAAAUCUGGAGCAAUUUUGCGCUUGUAAAAAAUUCUGCUUUAAAAAAAUGACUAAGACUAGCAAUGGACAUAUAUAAGCUUGUAUCUUGCCCUUUUAAAAACAGAAAAGGGCAGCCUGAAGCAUGGCAGCUGAACUGGCAUGUGUAUGAGUCAUUCAACUGCAAAGCUGAGAAGAAGCCAAGCUCACACUAUGAUUGAGUUUUCUUUUUAAAUGUUACAUCUGUCUUCACCUAUAGUCAGGGCCAUCUCAAGACAUUUUGGCUCCUGAGGCAGACCCCAAAAUACCACUCCCCUCCCCGCCAGGGAAGAAGGGUUGAGGGAAGAUCUACAUCAGGAACAAGGAAGGUGGGAGGAAAGAUCCACAUCAGAAUCUGCUCCCCCAGUGGAUCCUGCUGCCCGAGGUGGCUGCUUCACCUUGCCUCACGGGUGGGCCAUCCCGACCUGUAGUUGUGUAGAGGCAGGUGUUAAGAAUUGCAGUUCAAAUCAGACCAGCACCUUUCUAUGAACAUCAAUAGCUUCAGGUUGUUAUGUGUGGGAACCUGUACACAAAAAGUCAAAACUCAUGUUGGACUGAAGUUCGUUAUUUGUGUGCACGUAACUAAAAGGAAACACCAAGAAAAAUCCCAAUUGGUGGAGAACACCCCCCCCCCCGAUUGAGUUCAGUGAGACAUACUUCCCGAUAAAAGUGUCUAGGAUGGCAGCCACACAGCACCAUCCUAGACACAGUUAUCUGGAAGUAAGCCAACUGGGAUUUACUCCCUGGUAGGUGAGUGUAGGAUUGCAGCCUUAAUCUACUUAUUGCGAGAAGAUGAAAUGUAUUGUUAGCAUGUUUAUAUGUUUUAAUAGUGCGUCUCGAUGUUUAUUAUUAACACAUUUUAAAACAUAGACAGUUUGAACUGUGCGCUGGCUGACACUAAACUGUAGAUAAUAAAAAAAAAAUGAUGUUAGGAACGUUUUACUUAACAAUUUGAGGUUAAGGAAUAAUUUUUUCUAAUUUACCACUAAUGGUUAUUCAAAACAAAGGUACGAGAAAGUCACUUUUUGGGGACUAGGCUGGGGAGUGGGCUGCUCACAGUUCACAAAGCACUUAUAUUUAGCUCUCAUGAAUUUUCUUGAGUCCAAGUAUUCUAGCUUUUAAAUUAAAAACAAAACAUUAAUUGAAAUGCAGAGAGAUGCUUGAGUAUGUGAUGGCAAAAGCACAGAUUCAAUGUAUGUUGAUUCAUACAUCUUUGGUAUCUGCCUACCAAAACAUCUCUGUGGGCUAGUGCAGAGAUGCCACAGGUUCUUCCACCAUUACCAGCAAUCCUGCUGCUUCUACAGUUUGGCAUUUGUCAGACUCAGGAAGAUGCUAUGCAGAUACUGCUAAUGACAUGCAAAUUAGUGGCAACUCUUCCAUCUAGUUCUAGUGAUGUAUUUCCAAUGUGGCCUUCAGACACACAUGCAAGCUACUACUAAGAGCUGCUGAUGUUUCUCAUUUGUGUGUGUGUGUGUGUGUGUGUGUGUGUUUGCUGUUGGGAAUGUGAUCAUAACUGCUGACUGUGCAUAUUAACCUGCAAAGUCAGUAUGCACUUUCCAGCUACUUUGCACACACUUCAACUCAGCACACUUGCUGCAACAUCUUUAGUGUGAGAGCACCAGCCCUGGUGCAAAAUCCAUUUUUAUUUAAGCCCAUUGAAACUGUUAUGAGCACUUUAAACCCUAGCAGCCUGCUGAAGAAUUCAGUAUACUGUACGUAUAUUUCAUCACUUUUUCUUUUUUAUGUUGCUUUUCGUGUCAGUCAGGAUGUUUACAUUGGCUAAAUCUUGUUGGAUUGAAUUGCAUCCAUCUUUGCACCGUUGAUUAAGCCAGAUUUUUUAAAGAUGUACCUGCUAAAGAGAUUAUUUUAGACUGGGAGCUGUAGAUUAAGAUUAGCUGAGGUGGCAGGAUUUCCCUGUGUGCUAUGCUUAGAUAGUAUAUUGUUCAUAGAAUCAUAGAAUUUCAUAAUGUGCAAGGACCAUUACAGACAUGUCUGCUAUAAUAGCUUCAGAGAAUGAAACACUUUGUAUUAAAUUAUGCUAAGAAUUAUUCCCACAUGGCGGCAGAUAUUCAGCAUAUGCUUGUUUGAUAAAUUUCUUCAUAAUUCUCGCCAAAAAAGAAGUCUUUAACAGUGUUUGCAUAUAUUCUUAUAUAAAUAUAUGUCUGCAGUUGCAAUAAUAAAAUACUUGAACUAU